CAAGGUCGCAAAGACCAUAUGCUGCAAAUGCAAACAUGAAACGUCCAACUGCGGCUGACAGAGCCACCGCGCGUGGAACGCCGGCAAUCUCACAUACUGACCGCGUCCUGUAAGCUGCUGGUAUGUCACUCAGGUGCUGGCUUCUCUGGGGAUCUCUGCUUUUCGUCGUCUACCUUCGAGUGUGUUCUACCUUCAAGGAAGAGCCAGACUUCAUGGGACAAGUAAUGCCCGUUAUUUGUAAGAGCACGAAUAAUAUUACGCGGCGUAUUUGGUACCUAGCCUGCGUGGAGUAUCUCAUGGAGUAUGGGCUGGAGAAAGAUGGCCCGGAAUGUUUCAAAGCAGUACAUACUGGAGAUUGGACGGAGGCAUUUGCAGUCCUUUGCGGCGAAGCACAGGCCAACAAGCACCAUUACCUGAUGCAGUGCUUCUCAGACAAAAUAAACGAACACGUCAUGUAUGACGCAAGGGACGUUGCGAAAAUAUUGCAGGUAUUGCGAUAAUCUAUACGCGAAUUUACUGCAAUAUGGAUGCGAUAUUCUGUUCAUGU